AUGGGAGGAUCUCAGGCUUUAUGCUUUGGAGCUUCGCGUCCCGAAACCACCAACCAACCCCAACCACCACAGCCCCACCAGAAGAAACAAGUGGACGAGCUGAUGGCGGAUGAUGAUACCUCUACUUCCAAGAAGGACGAUAGUUCCAACUUGAAAGACAACAACUUGAACGAGGAAGAUAAUGAUGAUGUAUACUUUAUGCGUCAAGCAUUAAAGGUGGCCGAAGCAGCCUUGGCCAUUGGCGAAGUUCCCGUGGGAUGUGUCAUUGUCUUAUUGCCAAAAGACACCACUACUACUAGAGGUACCAUUGUGUCUCACGGGGCCAAUCAAGUCAAUGCCACCCGAGAUGCCAGUCGCCAUGCCGAAGUUGUGGCCGUGGAUCGCAUGUUGACAUUGGGGGCCUCGUCGGAUCAAUUGCGGCUCCCUCCCCACAUUAUGGCUCAAUCCGCCACAACCCCAGAACAACAAAAGGCUCUGCAGGAAGAAAAGAAUGCCAUGGACGACGACGGUUGGGGAUCUGGUCAAGUUUAUCCCGUUUCCAUUCUCUCUCAAUGUCAUCUCUAUGUGACCUGCGAACCCUGCAUCAUGUGCAGUGCGGCCUUGGCAACGGUAGGAAUUGGAAAGGUGAUUUUUGGGUGUCGCAAUGAUCGAUUUGGAGGAUGUGGGUCCAUUCUUUCCUUGCACACAGCAACCAGUGUGGAUGAUAAGGAAGAUGGUUCUACAGACAAACCAUUCCCGAUUGUGGAAGGUGUCCUCAAAGACCAAGCCGUUCGGUUGUUGCGGUGCUUUUACGACCGAGAAAACUUUCAUGCCCCAGAUGAUAAACGGAAACGAAAAAGCUAA